AUGCUCCCCUCCGACGACUGCGAUGACUGCGUGCCGGACUAUGUCAAACAGCGAAAGCUGUCCGCCCUAGCCUUCUCCUCGCUGCCCUUUAUCCUCACAUUCCUCAUCGUAGCGACCGCCGUUUCCCACAAGCUUUUCCCGCUGCUGUCUGGGCAAGCGGCUCGCAAACAGCAUGAUGCGCAGUUACCAGCGUCGACAUACAACUUUUCGGAACGGCCGUCUGUCCAGACACGGCUGAAGCGAUUCACAGCUCGUAGUCUCGCGGGCAUAGUCUUCUCGACCAACAUUGCGCUUUCAGCUGUGCUGGUCGAGCUGAUCCUGUGCGAGAUCUCGAAUACCGUCAAUCCCGCUGCGCGCAGCCUCGCCUUGAAGAUCACGCUUCCCUCGCUCCUGUUCCUCCUCAUCAUCGCGACGCCGGCGUUGGAGAUACACUCGGUUAUAUCAGCGGCAGGAUGGAGCUUUGGCGAGGGGCGUAAGGGACACCUCAGGACAGCUUGGGCAUUGGAAGGAGUGGGGUUUGCGACAUGGCUGAUCGGGUUCUGGUAUCUUGGGCGGGCGCUGCUGGGGUCGUAUCUGCAUGAGGAGUCGUAUAUUCGGGAUCACAGUAUCAGUGAGGGGUGUUUGGAGCGGAUUGGGAUCAUUGGGGUUAGUCUCAUGGCGUCGUUGGCUGGAUUUGCGGCGGUGAGUUCGUUGUGGCAGACUUUUGGGGUUAAGUUUCGGCCGGUUACUGAAGCUACCCUUGCUCGAAAGCAGGCUGGAUUGGAUGCGACCAACGAAAUGCUCCUUACGAAGGAGAGCCGUCUUCGAGCUAUCCAACGCAAGCUAUCCGAUCAACCCCAAGAAGGGUUUGUGACACGCAUGGUUGGUAGCAUCCGUGGUAAUUCGGAUGUACAGGAGCGAAAGACACUCGAAUUGGAGAUAGCUGGGCUUGAGACCAUGCGGACUGCUCUUUCAAACUCGUUGUUCACCCUACAAACGAGGAGACAAGCCCAGUUACGGGCCCAUACACCUUACGGACGAGUCGUAAAUCUGUUCUCAUACGUCUUCUCUCUGUAUUGCCUCUACCGCCUGUUUGCCACCACCUUUACCACUCUCCGCCGGUUCUCAUCACCGAAUACUAGUUUCUCGAACAGCGAUCCGAUCAACAAUGUGCUCGCAAUCCUAGCUAAGCACUGGGACCCGACCCUCGAUCGUGUCGCAUGGAGCCGCCAGAUCUCCUUCCUCCUCUCCGGCGUCAUGCUCCUAGCCUCCUUCAACAGCGUCCUCCAGACUUUCCUCCUCUUCGCUAGGAUUGUGCCUGGUAUACUCCAACAUGCUCAGGCUAAUAUGGCAUUAUUCGUUUCCCAAAUCAGCGCGACUUACGUCAUUAGCUCCGCAUUACUUCUGCGGAGCAAUCUUCCUAGCGAAGUGCGCAGCGUGAUUUCGGAUGCUUUGGGAGCACCUCUUGAGCCUAGCUUUACCGAACGGUGGUUUGAAGGGUGGUUUCUCGCUGUCAGUGCAUUGACCGUAUUAGGGAUUUGGGUCGGAAGAAGAAUACGAUCAUCAGGUUGGGACGACGACGAUGACCUUGGAGAAGGGGAUGUUGAGAUGGGGAAGAUGAGCUGA